AUGGCUGAUCCUCCUCUGCUGGGACUCAUCUCCCGCCUUGAAGAUGAAAUCCAAGACCCUGAUGAAGAGACAUUUCUCCUCUACGCCAACGACAUUCCGUCUCAAGGCCUAGGCUUCAUCGACUCUCACGCCUCAGUCCUCGACCUCCAACUCAACGGCAGAGAUAUCACCAUCCAUCAGUCUCCCGGUGUUUUGGCAUCGUCUCGUAAAGGAGGCACGACAGGAUCAGUCCUAUGGAAAAUCACUCCCGCCUUCGCAGAAUGGCUCGCCUCCCCCACAAACAUCCUCUUCAACACAAUCCUCACGCCCUCAUGCUCCGUCAUUGAACUCGGCUGCGGAAUCUCGCCUCUCAAUGCCCUGAGCCUCUCCCAAAAAGUCUCGCGCUACAUCCUCACCGACCAGCCUUACGUCCAGAAACUCGUCCUGCAGAAUCUCACUGAGAACAAAGUCUCGUCUCCUGCGACAAAAGGCGGAAAGUCCAAGAAGGCGGGCAGCUCUCAUAAGUCUCCCAGUCCGCCCUCUCAUACAGCCGCGGAUAUUCAUUUCCAAGUCCUCGACUGGGAGACCUCUCAAGUCUCGCCUUCACUCACCAACUCGCCCUCGGCAUCCUCCUUCGACGCCCUCAUUGCUUGCGACUGUGUCUUCAACUACGCCCUGAUCCAGCCUUUCGUUCAGACCUGCGCUGAUAUCUGCAAACUACGCCAGUCGGACAAUCUCCGAGAGGGUGAUAAACUCCCGCCGUGUCUAUGCAUUGUGGCACAACAGCUACGAAACGACGAUGUCUUCAACAGCUGGCUGGUUGCCUUCAAAGAGCAUUUCCGGGUAUGGCGGAUACCUGGCGAAAUGAUGCCAGCAACGCUUCGUCCAGAGGCGGGAUUUGUGGUUCACAUUGGGAUUUUCAAAGAUUCGCUCUAA